AUGGCUGGAAGGAAUGACGCUGCAAUGGCUGCCGCAAUGCAAGCGAUGGCACAAGCUGUGCAGAACUUGCCAAAUGCUGGUGGAGAUGCUGGAUCACGUAGCUUGGCGACUUUUCAAAGAGAGAAUCCGCCGGUGUUUAAAGGGAAGCAUGAUCCAGAUGCAGCCUUGGGAUGGUUGAAAGAGAUCGAGAGAAUCUUCCGUGUUAUGGAUUGCACUCCAGCUCAGAAGGUUCGGUAUGGUACUCACAUGCUAGCAGUCGAAGCUGAUGACUGGUGGCUAGAGACUCACGAGAGGUUGACCGUGGCAGGUGAAGUCAUUACUUGGGAUGUAUUCCGUAGGGAAUUCAUGAGAAAGUAUUAUCCGGAAGAUGUCCGUGGUAAGAAAGAAAUUGAGUUCCUUGAGCUGAAGCAAGGAAACAUGUCUGUCACUGAUUAUGCUGCAAAAUUUGUGGAGUUGUCCAAAUUUUAUCCUCAUUACACUGGUGCUGGUGCUGAAUUUUCAAAGUGCAUCAAGUUUGAAAACGAAGACAAUAAUGCUCAUUACAAGAUUGUCAGUGACCGCAGGGGCAAGCAACAUCAAAACCGUGGCAAGCCGUAUGAUGCUCCAGUGGGAAAAGGGAAACAAGGAGUUGCUCCGGCUCAGAAGACUAGUAGGGGAGGUGCUCCUGCUGGUAUAGUUUGCUUCAAAUGUGGUCAGGCUGGUCAUAAGAGUAAUGUAUGCACUGCUGAAGUAAAGAGGUGUUUUCGCUGUGGUAAGACUGGCCAUGCAAUAGCUGAUUGCAAGCACAAGGAAAUGAUUUGUUUUAAUUGUGGCGAAGAAGGGCAUAUUGGAAGUCAGUGUCAGAAGCCAAAGAAAUCUCAAACUGGAAAGGUGUUCGCAUUGACCGGAACUCAAACCUCCAGUGAGGACAGACUUAUCCGAGGUACAUGUUUCAUAAAUGGUACUCCUUUAAUUACUAUUAUUGAUACCGGUGCUACACACUGUUUUAUUUCUGCUAACUGUGCUCGAAGACUGGGUUUGAAAUUGUCCGCUUUGGAUGGUGAAUUGAUUGUUGAGACCCCAGCUAAGGGAUCAAUAACUACUUCUUUGGUAUGUUUAAAAUGUCCUUUGUCAAUCUUCGAUAAAGAUUUCUAUGUUGAUUUAGUAUGUUUGUCGUUGGAUGGGAUGGAUGUAAUUCUUGGUAUGAACUGGUUAGAGUAUAAUUAUGUUCAUAUAAAUUGUCAUCAUAAGUCGGUGAGGUUUUCCACUCCUGAAGAGGAAGGAGUUGACUUAUUACCUUUCAGAGAAUUGCGAAAAUUGAUGAAAGAGGGAGCUCAGAUGUUUUAUUUGAUGGCGAUGUUGUCGGUUGAGAGUAAAGCUAAGAUUGAGGAACUGUUCAAGAUAAUGCUAAAAGUGUAUGAUGAAACCGCUAAAGCAUCUUUAACAUUGUUUGAUCAAGAGGCACAAAAUCUACUCAAUACAACGGCUCAAAUGCUCUUGCAACAACUAGCUAACACGUCUUCACCAUCAAUACUACAUAAUCUAUGUCAUCGUACUUGUAUUUUUGAAAUAAAGUUUGCAAAAAACUUAAAAGAAGGAUCGCAAAUCUACACAGAGUCCAUAUCACCACCAAUGAUUCAAAAUAAUGAAGAUCACCAAGAAGAUGAAAAAGAAGAAGAAGAACGUGCAAGAGGAAAUGAUGGUGACAACAUCAAUGGUAAACCAUACAAGAAAAGAUAA